GUGGCUCUGUGAUGACAGAAGCGGCAGAGAGCCGAGGAGGCGGCAGGUUUUGCUGUCCAUAUAAAAAUAAUAACAUCAGGUCAGACUGGACAGAAAGACGAAACCACGCCGCCGGAGCCUGGACUUAGCAGGUCAGUUGUCGUGAAAGGAGGAACCUCAGAGUUGGAGCCAUGCUGUCGGCGGAGGAGAUUCUGUGCAGCACGCAGCAGGUGAUCGCAGGGCUUGAGGCGCUGAGAGGAGAGAACCGCAGUCUGCUGGAGAGCCUGCAGGAGGCGGUGGAGAGCCGGCCAGCGCCAGAGAGCGGCAGCGUGGAGCAGGAGAAGAGCAGCAUCAUCCGUCAAUCGCUGGAGAGGAUAGAGCUGGGGCUGAGCGAGGCACAGGUGAUGAUGGCGUUGUCGGCUCACCUGGGUUCACUGGAGGCGGAGAAACAGAAGCUGCGAGCGCAGGUGCGUCGCCUCUGUCAGGAGAACCAGUGGCUGAGGGAUGAGCUGGCCGGUGCUCAGCAGCGACUGCAGGACAGGGAACAGGAGGUGGUCACCCUGGAGGAGCAGAACAGACACCUGCAGUUCAUGUCCUCCAUACGCAAAUACGACCAGGAGGAGCCACAGCUGGAUGAUAAAGACACAUCAUCCAACAAGGAGUCUCUGGAUGAUCUCUUUCCUACUGAGGAUGAGGAACAGUCAGUGUCACAGCCUCACCACAGCAGUGCAGCAGCUGCAGCCCAGCAGGGAGGCUACGAGAUUCCUGCCCGCCUUCGAACGCUCCACAACCUGGUCAUCCAGUACGCAUCGCAGGGACGAUAUGAAGUCGCUGUACCGCUCUGCAAACAGGCUUUGGAAGACCUGGAGAAGUCUUCAGGCCACACCCACCCAGACGUAGCUACCAUGCUGAAUAUUCUGGCACUGGUGUAUAGAGACCAGAACAAAUACAAAGAAGCAGCCAACCUGUUGAAUGAUGCAUUAGAGAUCAGAGAGAAAACUCUUGGGGUAGACCAUCCAGCUGUGGCAGCAACUCUCAACAACCUGGCAGUGCUUUACGGGAAAAGAGGAAAAUACAAAGAAGCAGAGCCGCUGUGUAAAAGAGCUCUGGAGAUCAGAGAGAAGGUUCUGGGUACAGACCACCCAGAUGUGGCCAAACAGCUGAACAACCUGGCUCUGCUGUGUCAGAACCAGGGGAAGUACCAGGAGGUGGAGCAGUACUACGAACGCGCUCUGCACAUCUACCAGAGCAAACUGGGACCAGACGACGCCAACGUGGCCAAGACCAAGAACAACCUGGCAUCAUGCUAUCUUAAACAGGGAAAAUACAGACAAGCUGAGGCUCUUUACAAAGAGAUCCUGACCAGAGCACAUGAAAAGGAGUUUGGAUCUGUAGAAGGUGAAGGUCGUCCCACCUGGUCUGGAGCCGAGGACGGCAGCUCCAACCUGAAGCGAAGCGGCUCCUUCACCAAACUCAGAGAGUCGAUACGCCGAAGCAGUGAGAAACUGGUGCGCAAGCUGAGAGGAGUCGGAAUGGAGGAAACAACUCCAAGGAAUGCUGGGAUGAAGAGGGCAAACUCUCUGAAUGUGUUAAAUGUUGGAACCAGAGAGAGUCAGGAUGGCACCCAGCCGAGCCGACUGACAGAUAUUCGAGGCCUGAGCUCCAGCACGCAGAGCCUGACAAGACGAGGUUCACUCGGUGGGACCAGCUAACACACACACACACACACACACACACACACACACACACACACACACACACACACACACACACACACACACACACACACACACACACACCUUCUACAUGCAGCACCUCUUAAAGAUUACUGAACAGGUGUUACUCUAACUCUUGCAAGAAAGAAACCCACAGCCCUGUAUCAAUCGAUCAUGUUAGAUGUUCUACACCAAAGUGAAUUUGCCACUUUAAAUGCCCUAAAGAAAAACUAAGAUAGUUGUCACAACUAAAUGAAUGGGGACUGUCUAACCCUAACCCUAACCCUAACCCUAACAUGCACAUUUUGUAAGUAAUAACAAAUGAUAUUUUCUUUUGUCCUUGCGCUGAAGGAAAUGUCACAGUUCACAUAAUAUUGACAUGUCUGUCUCCAGUAAAUGUCUCCAAAAACUAAUUAGAAAAGUGGGAGUCACAUAAAGACCAUACCUUGACAUAUUUACAAUGCACUAUAAACUUUCCUUCCUGUUCACUUGAAACUUAACAUCAUUCCUUCUUGGGUUUAGUUUAGAAACAAUAUCAGUUUUUCCUGAACCAGGCCAUGUCAUUUGCAGGUUAACUAAAGUUAACAGUAAUUUGUAAUAAAAAUAUUAUUUGAGGUGUUUUCUCUCAUGCUAUCGUACCCUUUAUAGGUACAUUUUUAUUAACACUGAAAAAAAAACUAUUUAUCCUUUAAAUUAAAAUUUAAGUUUAACAGGCAUAUUGACACUACAUAUUAUCUUUUUUUAAAAUGUUAUAAAUUCUCUUUUGAGGAGCACAGGGAGGUAAAGUUGUUUGCACAAAGAUCAAAAACAUGAUGUUUGUUAAAAUGCAAAUGUUACAUUAAGGUCACGAGGAAGAUGUUAAACUAUCAAGUUUAUACUGUUAAAGAAAUGUAUUUAAAUGUCAUAAAUGUUUUUGCCUUUAAAUGUGCAGGUCAUUCAAUUUUCAAUUUAGUAUUUUCAGAUGACAAUCAUAAAAAACAAACUUGUUUACUUCAGCUGUUUUGCACCACAGUCCAGUUCUGUCAUUCCAGAUUUUGAAAAUAAGGACCAACUUUUUUGUAACUUGACAAAAGUUAAGAAAUUCAAAGUGUGAUGUGCAUCAUUUGAAAACAACCAACACCAGCUCUACAAAAAGAACACAUAUAUGACUUUAAGAUGGUAUUUUUAAAAGAUGGAUAUUUUUACACACUAUCAGUUAAUAUAUUCUCAAUCAAACAGUAAUUAGCGAUCAAUACUUGAUUAUUACUGUUCCUAAAAGUAUACACUUCAAGAUACAGCAAAAUAAGAAUUUCACUAAUUAUGCAUCUGUUGCAUGUUUUAGUUUUAACCCUCUGUUCAGACAGUAGUUUUAAGCUAGGUUGAUACCCAAAGUUAUUGUUGUGUGCCUGAGUCAAUGUCGUUUUGAUGACUUGGCCUUGGAUUGAAGUGAAGUGACUCACUUGAACUAAGAUGCAACAGAGCUGCACCAUUUACUCGAAGCCACUCUCUGUGUAGGAUUUAAAAAUCCUUGCGUUUGUGCCCCUGAGUUAUAUCGGAGACACAUGUCAGAUGGCAAAGCAUACCACAGAUCUCACAAACUGAAUAUGAAGUUAAGUAGUAGAUAUGACUGUAAACAAAGAAUUUAUUCCGUGUGGCAAAGAUUUAGUCAAAAUACGCAUCAGUAUGUUCAAAACGUCUCAGCAAACAAGCUUAGACGAGCCAAAGAGAUGCGAUCUGUCCAGAGUCAGAGGCAGACAUGGGUACAAUGUUAGUGGCUAACCUGUGAACAAAGUCAAAACAUCUAGCAGCUGAAGGCCAAACUAGAGUUACAAGGAGAGUGAAUACUGGACUAUAUGGACAGAAACUCAACUGCAGCACGAUACACAGGGCAACAUGUGCAUGAGAUGCAGAUGUUUCUAGAUGUUUACAAAUAUGAAAACCUAUUUGAUAGGUUUUUUAGAGCUUAUCUUCCCCACGAAAGCAGCUUAACAGAGACUAAGUGAAGACCAGCUGAGGCAUACUGUAGGUAACAUACCUAAACGUGCAGUAACUAACCAUUUGGGGGCAAACAAGUUGUGAACUCUACAUUGACAUAACAUUACCUUUUAAUUUGAUAUUGCAAACUUGCAAAACUCAUUUAUUUAGAGUCAUGUUUCUGGCCACCUUGCAAAUAUAAGUCUAAUAUUCGCCUUGUGUCUACCUUUGCGUCUACUUAGUCCUGAGGGAAAUAUUUAGGUUCUUUAGCUGCUAAAUGCUCCACUGUGUUCACUAGCUAGUCUCUAACUGUGUCUGUCUUGUGUUUGUGUCUUGUGGUAGUCCUACAGUGGGUUUUUAGAGCUUUUUUUUUUUUGCUAAAAACAUCUGCCCGCCGAGGCCCAAAAAUAACUCUUAGAGUGAAACAAAACAGCAAAGUCUGGGGCUAAAAACUGAGCUAAAACUUAUUAUAAAACUGGGGGGGGAGGGGAGGGGAGCUGCAGAUUUGAGUCAUUGUUCUCUGUAGCUUUGACUAUAGCUACUGUAAGUAGGUCUUCUUACAUUUUACAUCUAUGCUUAUUCACUGAAAUGCCUGAAAAUCCACAAUGAAUCUCAAGUCACUAUUAUGAAUAGUAAAAUGUUUUUUAAUAUGAUGUAGAUUUUUUUUUGCUGUUUUUAAUUUGUUAUAGAAAGAAUUACGUGAAGUAGUUAUUUAAGACUCAAAGUCAAGAUUUCGUAACACGACAUCAACAUUGCGAGAACAAAAAACUGAGGAGGAUUAAAUAAUUUCACACACUCACUUAACACUCAGGAAUGUUAAAUUAAAUAAGAUACGGAUGCAAAUAAAUGAGUGCUGCUAGGAAAUCUUGAAAAUGACAUUACUCCUUACCCUCAUGUAUUUUAUUUCACACUAUUCUUCUUAGUGCUCACUUACAUUUCUUUCUGCUCAUUCAGACAUAUUGUAUAACCUGUUUUUUCAUGAUGGAGAACUACUGAUUGUACAUUUUCUGUGGUAGGUUACUGUAGUAAUGACUGUUACAAGCUUUGUAGCACUUGUUUGAAUGUUACAUACAAAAUGGGACUAUAUCUCCUCUGAUUUUAUGUUUUAUGUUUAUUAUGGUAAAUAUUAAUGUUUGUAUUUUAUAUUGCAAACUUGAGUUGAAAUAAAUCACAAUAAGACGUUAA